AAAGGUCCACUUACUGUCUACAACAAGACUGAUAUCCCUAAGCAAACACAUCAACACAGCUAAAAGUACUAAACAAACUACGAAUGAACUUAUGUCGACUUUAAAUAAAUAACGCGUUUUGCAGUUAAGAUGGUAACCGUGUUAUUGUUGCCGUUGUUGUUGCUCGCUGCUGAAGGCAUGGCAACGAAUACAAUCAGUCUGAAUGGACAAUGGAUAGUCUCCUCGGGAGAUAUCAGUGUCCCUGGUACGGUGCCCGGCUCUAUGUACACGGCCCUGAUAGCCAGCGGCAGGAUCGGGGACCCCUACUUCCGGAUGAACGACAAAGAGUACGGCUGGAUAGGAGACAGGGAUUGGGCGUACACACGGACCUUUCAAGUCACUGCGGACACCCUGGCGUACCCCCGGGUGGUGCUGGUCUGCGAAGGCUUUGAUACCGUUGCCACGGUGACCGUGAACAACCAGACUGUGGGCACGUCCAUGAACAUGUUCGUGCGAUAUGUGUACGAUAUCAAGCAAGCGCUAGUGGUCGGCCAAAACUCGAUCACAGUUCAGUUCCAGUCUGCUACGGGCUACGUGAAGCAAGUAGCGAGUUCUCUCCCUUACGACAUCCUUCCCACAUGCGUGCCGCCCCAGUACCACGGCGCCUGUGGGGCCAACCUCAUCCGGAAGACGCAGUGCUCCUUCAGCUGGGACUGGGGGCCCUCCUUCCCAACCCAGGGAAUCUGGCGGGACAUAUACAUUCAAGCCUACAAUACGGCUGUGAUAAGAGACGUCACUUCGGAAACAUCGAAGAAUGCAGACGGCACAUGGCAUCUCAAAGUGGAUAUUUUCAUGGAGACCAUUGCGCAACUUCCGGUCCAUGGUCAACUUGAGGUCAAACUUUACCCUACCUCCGUGACGUCAUCAAAGCAAGUGAAUUUGGUGAAACAAAACGAUAGCGUUUCGUUUAACAUAAAUAUCCCCAAGAGUGCCGCCAUCGACGAAUGGUGGCCUAACGGGUACGGGAACCAGUCCCUUUACGACCUGUAUGUGUUCUACACGGACUCGCUGGGAACAAUGAAUAACAAAAAGAUCCGCAUUGGCUUCCGUACAGUGGAGCUGGUCCAGGACUAUGUCUCUGUUAACAAGUCGCUAGGCCGGACAUUCUACUUCCGCAUCAACGGGCGGCCUAUAUUUCUGAAGGGUUCCAACUGGAUCCCUGCUGACAGCUUUUUGGAGCGCGUGACACGUGACCGGGUCUACAACUACCUCAAGUCUGCAGCGGACGUACACAUGAACACGCUCAGGGUUUGGGGAGGAGGGAUCUACGAGAUGGACAUAUUUUACGAGAUAGCAGACGAGCUGGGCAUCAUGUUGUGGCAGGACUUUAUGUUCGCCUGCGCUAUGUACCCCACCCACCCAGCGUUCAUAGACUCCGUGAAACAGGAAGUCACCUACCAGGUGCGGCGCAUGAAGCACCACCCGUCCAUCAUCGUGCUCAGCGGUAACAACGAGAACGAGAAGGCUCUGGUACAGGACUGGUACGGCACCGGGGUCAACUUCACACUCUACAAAGCGGACUACCUCAAGCUCUAUAUCGACACGGUACGGUCCAUCGUGAUGGCUGAGGACACUUCCCGACCCUUCCUAGCGUCCAGCCCAUCCAAUGGCGUCGAGACACAGGCUGAGGGCUGGGUUGCUAAUGCACCGUACGACACACACUAUGGGGACAUCCACGAGUACAAGUAUCUGACCCCGUUUUACGACCCCUCUGUGCUACGGAUCCCCCGGAUGUGCUCCGAGUACGGGCUGCAGUCCUACCCCAGCCUGGAGGGGCUCGAACCAGUCUACAACGACACGGACGUGGACUACUGGUCAGACCUCAACGACUAUCGCAACCACCAUCCGUUCGGCAACGUAGAGAUGAUGGCGGAGGCGAUCCAGUAUGUCAACCUGCCCAACUGUCCGGACCGGAAACAGAGGUUUAGCGACCUCAUUUACGUCACACAGAUAGACCAUGCGGUGGGCAUGCGCACUUGGUCGGAGCACUACCGGCGCUGGCAGAACCGCCUGGACUCCGAUGGUCAGGGAAACACCAUGGGCGCCCUCUACUGGAUGCUGGCGGAUAUCUGGCAGGCUCCCACCUGGGCAUCUAUCGAGUAUGGUGGUAAAUGGAAAAUGCUUCAUUAUUACGCGGCCAAUUUUUUCGCGCCGACCAUUAUUUCUCCGACAAUGGACGGUGACUUUCUGGAUGUCUACAUAGUGAUGGACGAACUUCCGGUGAAGGAAACUAGACAAGACGACACUUACCAGCUUAUUUUCAAACCAAAAACAAACCCGAGACCUUUUAGCAUAUUUGACUUGAACACUUGGGGCAACCCGCCGGCAUCUCACACCCGUGCCACCGGCCCGCCGUCGGAGUUUGACGGCACCUUGUACAUAGAGAUGUACUCGUGGAACAGCUUUACUGCACUGAAGUCCUGGAGUGUGCCGUUUACGAUGAACACUACCGCCCAGUCCGUGUUUCGUGCGGACAUAGACACAAUGGUUCAGAGUGCGCAGUGCACGAGACGAAGCACGUGUUUCCUCGUGCUCCACUUCGGGGACAGAGUGGCCGGUCCGAGCACGUGGUACACACUGAGCACGUUCAGUGGAGCCCAGGGUUUGGAGAAGGCUAAACUACAGAUUUCCAACUUGAGGGCGAGUACCGUUCAAAACCAGUUCACAUUUACGCUUACUUCCGACAAAAUUGCUCCUUUCGUUUGGCUGGAGGCUAUUGGGGUGAAAGGUCGUUUCUCCGACAAUGGGUUUUUGAUGUAUCAGCCCAAUAUGACCUUGACCUACUUGGCAUGGGAAGCGGUGGAUGUGAACAAAUUAACAGCUGCUCUAACGGUCAAAUCACUCAUGGAUGUGUAUUACUAGAUUCGAGAAAUCAAUGGAUAUGUUGAUGAUACAAACCUUGUAAUAAAUGAGAUUACUAUAGAUAA